GCAAUAAAAUACCGGUUUCCAAUACAAAUAUAAAUUAGUUAAUAAUUUUAUUUUUCCAUAUUAUCCUUUAAAUGAAAAAUGUUUUUUAUUAAUUAGAUUUAGCUACAGUCACAGAACCAAGAACGUUUGGCUUUCUCAGCAGAAAGACAUCUAGUAGUAAGCCCUUGUUGAAAUUCGCCACUAAAACUAAUAUGAAGAAACAUGCUCUGUGUAAAAACGAAACAACAACAUUACGUUCAAGUGAGAAAUCAACAUCGGCAACAACACCAGAUUCAGGCGAUAGCAAAUCAAUAUCUCCACAAAGUUCUACUACAAGUUCAACAAAUAGUUUCACAAAGAAACGAGACAAAUACAUAAAAUCCUCUAAUUAUGGAAUCCCUAUUGGAGUUUCGGUUGCCACCUUCCUAUUAAUUGUUGGUGCUGUUAUAGCAGUUAUUCUAACAAAGAGACGAGGGAAAAUUUCGAUCGUGUUUUGUAACAUCUUUUCAUCUGGUAUAACGCCAAAAUGUACAAUGGAUAAAUCCUUAAUCGUCAACAAUGUAUAUGAAGGCCAUUCUGAUUCCCCGUAUGAACAGAUUGAUAAGGUAGUACCACGAACAAGCAAGGUCGCAGUAAAUGAUGUGCAGGAAGACAACGUAAAUUAUGCACAGGUUAGCUUUAAUCUUAAACAAAAUGCAACUAAGACAACUGGUGACAUGGUCGAAAAAGGAGGUGAGGAGGAUAAAGGGAUGUAUAACACAUUGAAGUUGCGUGUAAAAUUAGGGGAUAGCUUUGACGCUACAUACGAUACAGUAGAGAAAGCAGCUAUGAAGCUGAAAACCCAACAUGGUACAGUGAACAAAUCAGAUGAAAAUUUAACAAUUAAAGAAACAGAUGAAAAUCCAUACAAUCAUUUGAACGAAAAACUACUGAAAGACUGCAAAACAGAUAAUGCCUAUGGUGUAACACAAGAUAUUAAAAAUGAAUAUAAUGAAUAUUCUAGAAAAGGACAUGAAAAGUGUCUCAAGGAUGAUGAAGACAUGAAAAAUCAAACAAGCAGACUACAGGUUGAUAAUGACACGUUCAAUCAAUCAAGCAUACUUCAGGAUGUUGCAUCUACGUACAAUCAUAAAGACACACUUCCAGAUGCUAAAGAUAAGCAAACUCAUACAUGCAUGCUUCAGGAUGAUAAAGACACGUACAAUCAUACAAAGGCACUUCAAGAUGUUGGAAACACGUACAAUAAUACAAACUCACUUCAGGAUGUUGAAGCAACGUACAAUCAUGAAGAAACCCUUCUGGAAGUUGAGGACAUGCACAAUGAUACAAAAACACUUCAAAAUGUUGAAGACACGUUCAAUCAUACAAUCACACCAAAGGAUAUUUGAUGUAAUGUACAAUCAUACAAACGUACUUCAGGAUUAUGAAGACACUUGUAUUCAUACACACGCAGUCUGGGAUAUUAAAGACACUGGAAUUCAUAAUUUAGGGUGCUUCAUGACAAGUGAAGUCACAUGAACACAUUUCAAUUUGUUGAAGACACAUGAAAUAGAAAAAAACUGACAGUGGUAUGUUUAUACACAUUUAAUAAUAUAUAACAAUUAUUUUCAUGGU